AUGGAAUCAGCAGCGCCGUUGGAGAAGCCAGGGGUGGUGUUGCUCACGAACAACGACCGACCUGGGAAAGACGUGCCAAUAUCUGGUCUUGAUGCGCCGCAGAACCCCGUCCAGAUUGAGCUUGGAGACGAGCACCCAAGGAAAAGGAGCUUCCGCAGCAAAUGGACUAUCGUGCUUAUUUCUUCCAUGGCGGCACAUGUUGUCACCGCUGGCUCUGGCAUCUACACGCUCUCAUACGAUCAAUUCAGGAAUGAAUGGGGCACUUCGAGGGAGGUGUCGACUCUCGGUCUCUCUCUUUACACCCUCGCCAUGGGUCUGGGACCGUUGGUCAUCGCUCCACUUUCCGAGUUUUACGGCCGCAGAAUCAUAGGCCUAUGCUCUCUGGUUGCCUAUCUCGUCUGGCUUGUUCCAUGUGCCCUUGCGCGCAAUAUAGAAACAGAGCUCAUCGGCCGCUUUUUCACCGGCGCUGCGGGAAGCGCAUUCCUCAGUGUCGCUGGAGGGACGGUCGGCGACGUUUUUGAACCUUCGCAACUCCAAACGCCUAUGCUGGUGUAUUCAACUAUUGGCUUCCUCGGACCUGACGUCGGCCCGAUCUUUGGCGCCGUCAUCAACCAGUACACGACGUGGAGAUGGUCUUUCUAUGUACUCAUGAUAUGCACGGCUAUCCUGUUGGUCUUUUUCUACUUCUUCAGUCCCGAGACAUAUGCACCAGUCCUCGUUCGCUGGAAAACCGAGCGAUCGCAGAAGGAAAGCGGUCUGGACAUCAGCGUUGACGUGCAGCCACGAAGUAUCGUCCGUGCAGUGCUGAUCAGCUGCACAAGGCCUUUUCAGUUGCUUGUCCUAGACCCUAUGGUAACAUGCCUCUGCAUCCUGACAGCCUUCACCCUGGGAAUUCAAUACCUGCUAUUUGGCGGCUUUACAUAUGUCUUUGAGACCGUCUAUCACUUCGAGCUAUGGCAAAUCGGUCUCACAUUUCUCGGAAUUGCUGUCGGCGCUUUCAUCGCCAUGGCUAUGGACCCUUUCUGGCGUCGAUAUCGCGGAAAGCAGGUCAAGAACAACAAUGGCAUUUCGGAACCCGAGUUCCGUCUUCCUUCGGUCGCAUUUGGAGCUUUAUGUCUGCCUAUAAGCCUUUUCUGGUUUGGCUGGACUUCACGACCAUCAAUUCACUGGAUUGUGCCUAUUCUGGGGACUGUGCCGUUCGGUAUUGGUGGGCUCUUCGUGUACUCUGGCAUUUGGACUUUCCUAGUUGAAGCGUAUCCCAUUUACGCUGCAUCGGCACUCGGGGCGAAUGCGUUUACGAGACUUGUGUCUGCAGCCGCAUUUCCGUUGUUUGGGGUUCAAAUGUUCGAGCGGAUGGGAAUAGGGUGGGCGGCUUCUUUGCUUGGUUUCUUGACGCUGGUGGCAGCUCCGUUUCCCUUCAUUUUCAUCAGGUAUGGGAAGCGGCUCAGAGGGUUUUCAAAAUUUGCAAAGUCUUGA